AGGCCGGCGGAGGGAGCCCAGUCGCCAGAGCCGAGGAAGGAGAGGAGGCGGCGGCGGCGGCGGCGGAGGCGGUGAAGGCGCCGGCCAUGGGGCAGUGCGGGAUCACGUCCUCCAAGACCGUCCUCGUCUUCCUCAACCUCAUCUUCUGGGCAGCAGCUGGCAUCUUGUGCUAUGUGGGAGCCUAUGUCUUCAUCACAUACGAUGACUACGAUCACUUCUUUGAAGAUGUUUACACACUCAUCCCUGCAGUGGUUAUCAUAGCAGUGGGGACACUUCUCUUUAUCAUUGGUUUGAUUGGCUGUUGUGCCACGAUCCGGGAAAGCCGCUGUGGACUCGCUACAUUUGUGAUCAUCCUUCUGUUGGUUUUUAUCACUGAAGUUGUGGUGGUUGUUCUGGGCUAUAUCUACAGAGCAAAGGUGGAGGCUGAAGUCGAUCACAGUAUUAAGAAGGUGUAUGACACGUAUAAUGGAACUAACCCGGAUGCUGCGAGCCGUGCCAUUGAUUAUGUGCAGAGGCAGCUGCGCUGCUGUGGGAUCCACAACUACAGUGACUGGGAGACCACAAACUGGUUCAAAGAAACGAAAAACAACAGUGUCCCUCUCAGCUGCUGUAAAGCCACCAGCAGCAAUUGCACAGGAAGUUUGACUCGCCCCACAGACCUUUAUGCUGAGGGAUGUGAGGCUUUGGUUGUAAAGAAACUACAAGAGAUCAUGAUGUAUGUUAUUUGGGCAGCUCUGGCAUUUGCUGCCAUUCAGCUGCUGGGUAUGCUGUGUGCCUGCAUUGUGCUCUGCAGGAGGAGUCGGGACCCUGCUUACGAGUUGCUCAUCACAGGAGGAACCUACGCAUAGAAGAAGCUGCAAACCUAAGCUUGAACUCCAUUUUCUCCACUUCGGAAGGUGGCUUGCCUGAGUCAGCUGCAGCAGUUCCUUUGCUGGCUUUGACUGGGUGAAAGUCCAUUUUUCAUAAACUGGGACGACAGGCACAUUCACUGGUGACGGGCAAAGGCUUGGCUUUUGGGACCUCCAUAUUACUGUGACCCCCCCCCCUACUACCUUAGCCAGCUUUCCGCAUAUCUAGACAUCAUAGUAACCAAGUAAACACUAUUUUGAGGCCAUUAACUAGGGGAAGAGAGCAGCUUGGCACAAAAGCCAAAGGUAAACUUGGUAAGUUGCUGCUAGAGGUUGUACUGAUUUGAUUCUUGUAUGUGGAGUCCUUCCGAUCUUCACUGAGCAAUUGGCCAAAGUCUAUACGAGGGAAGUCUGGUACCUUAAUUUUGCAACACCUUCUUUCCCACCCCACCCCACCCCCCUUUUUGCUGCUUGCCUGUCACCAGUGUUUGUUGAGCAUUACGUCAAGUCCAGAACACGACAACAUGACUACUAACCAAAAUUUUAGAAUCACACGAGUGCAUCUCUUGACCUUAAAUUCAAGUGAACAAAUCUUCCAAACUUUUAGUGUGUUAAAGUACAGGCUGGCUUUUCAGGAGUAUAAUGUAUGCACUACUGUUCUAUAAUGAAUAUUUCAUUUUUUCUAUGAAAAGGCUGUUGAUGUGUUGAGUGAAUUGUUAUCAUAGAGUAGCAAAAUAGUAUGUGAAAGUGAAAUGUAAAUAGGAAACCUGAUUAAAUAAAUUGUCUGUACAUCCCUCUCCAAACUAAAUCAUGCUUAACCAUUUUUUUUUAUCAAUGCCUCAUUCUUAAGAUAUUUAUGCUUUUUGUUUAUGUAUAAAAGAUGGGGCAACUUGUACCUGUGGGGAUAAUAUCCAAAGCCCCCCAGAUCCUGCCAGCUCAAACCUCCCUCCCCCUGCAGCCUCUGGGGAAAAGGGGUGGGCUGCUCUGCUUUGUGCUCUGGUCCACACCCCACACCCCCACCCCUGCUCCCCUCAGCCACAUCCUCCACCAGCGUGUGGCCCCUGGACAGGUUCCCCCGAGGGAACGCGGCUGUGGAUAGACAGAAAGAAACUCCUCAUCUCUGAUGUGUAACCAUAAUUAAGCAUUUGUAACAGACUGGUGGUGCUUUUUGGGGUGUUCGACACAACACUCUAUCUGGCUGCAGCAAACUAUUUGCUGUGUGGUCUAUCAAUCCUUCACCUUUCCACAUUUUUUCAGUCCAAAUAUUAUGGUAGCAUAAGUUUUCGUAGGCCAGAGCCUACUUCAGCCUGAAGUGUUACCUCCAAUUGGCAGGUGCCUCUCUCUUUUUAGACAGGUGUAGAGCAUGGGGGUUGCUAUUGCAAAGUGAGGCCCAGGAGCUACAGGCAAGUAAACACAGUCAACUGAAAAGGGCAGAAGAUUGCAGGGGUAGUGACCCACUUCCAGCUCUGAAAUGAAUAGGCAAAACAAGAACUGUUCUAGUCCCUACCAGACUCCAUUUAGCCCCAGAACGGAUAAGGAUGGUGUCUUCAUAAGAAUUCUAAUUCUGCAGCUUCUUUCUGGAGUCCCACUUUUGAUACUUCCCAGCGAAAGCAUAGCAACUUCCAAUUCUGUUACUGAAUGUCCAACAAGACUGAAAUGCUCCCACUAUUUUGAGUGUUAACAUUUUUAAUGUCUGAUUUGUGUCCAUUUAUUCCCCUGCAACUGAUUAUAUAUAAACAGCAGCAGGGUAUUGCUGGCACACAUUAUCAGAUUGGAAGAUGUGAAGGGAUUUUUGAUAAUGACUUAAUUGCUUAUUUUUUCUUCUUCUCAAAACACUUGGGGUUAAUCUGUCCUCCCUGAGCCUGUAGCAAUUGGUGGGUUUACACAUUCAAAUUAAUAGAUUAAGAAAUACGCCCCAGCAUCUGGAAUGUGGAACUCCUAACAGCAAUGAGUUUCAAGGAGAAGCCAGCUCUGAGCUAGUAUAAUCAAAGGCAGUCCCUUUCUUGAGUGCCGCUUGGGUCCCACAUUUUGCCCCCUCCACCCCAUCCCCCCGCCUCCUUGCUCAGCUUAGCAAUGAAUAUCCUAAGCCUACAGUGGCCAUUUAGUGUCACUUGCAAUGCCGAGAUCUGAGGCACCUGCCAUUUUCCAUUCAGAGGCAGCACUUUUCUCACAUCUCCCAGCCCCAUUGUCUGAUCCCACUUCUGGCUGGGAGAAGGGUGAAAGAUCACCACUUUCCCAAGCAGCUCCUCCACUGGCCUCUGUCUGCUCCCUGCAGCCAAAUCCCCCCUUCCUGAAUGCCACUGGUUGAAGUCACCCUGAGCACAAGCCUUUUGUCAUACAGCACCUCCCCUGCACACCAUCCGUCAAAUCAAAUUACAAAUCCUGACAAGGGAGCCAAAUGAACCAGCUUUCCUCUGGGUCCAGCUGCAAAGAAACCUUCACCAGAGGCUUUUGUUUUGACUGAAGUAGGGAUUAAGCUGCACCAGUGACAGGCCUUAUUUUCCAAGCUCAUCAGCUAAUAAACACCCAUGUUAUUUCAAAGGAAAUAAGCCUAUUUUCAUGUCCUUUUCUAUUGAAAGAGCAGUAGUUGAAGUGCACGUAUCUUAAAAGAUUUAUCCAUAACUGCAAGUGAAAAGAGACAGAAAAUAGGAGAAAGAUUGACUCUUAACAUUUUAAUAAGUUUCUCUAUAAUGCCUGCUAAUGGAAUUCUGCGGGAAGAGGAAGAAAUGUAGUCAUUGGAAUUUCCUGCAAAACAUACCUACAAAAAGUGCUUCAGGUGUGAUCUUCCACUAUUGUGCAAUGCCAGCAGUUAUGAAGUGAUCUGGACAAGGAAUGUGGGGGAAGAACAUCAUUCAAUAUAUGACCACUUGUCUAGCCCUGGGACUAGAGAGGGAGCUAUGUUAGUCUGUUGCAGCAAAAGCAACAGCCUUGUGACAUCUUGAAGAUUAGCCACUUCAUAAGAUUAUUAUUGUUAAUUGAAUUUAUAUACCGCCCAAAACCCAGGGGUCUCAGGGCGGUUCACAGAAUAUGCCAUGAUAAACUUGUCUAGGCUUAAAGGUGCCCACAAAAGUGUGUUUUCUCUGGCCAGAGGGUUAUGGCUUUAGCUGUAGGGCCUGCCACUCUUCAGGCGCUGCUCCACACGUUAAUCUGAAGGCGGCGUUAGGGAGAAGGAAGCCCCUGUUGCUCCUAACAUUUCUGUUCCUCUGAUUUGAGCACUUGGCAUUGUGCAGCUAUCUUUGGAUGGACAAGAGAUAAAUGUAGCUGAAAGACACAUGAUACAUGGCUUGCAUGAAUUGGAUGUAGUGGUGUGGUAAUUUAGCAAUGGGAAAUUAGGCAGCUAUAGUAGUAUUAGUGGUCUUGGAACAGCAAAAAGUCUUGUCCAAACUCUCAGUCUGUAAAAUGACAAGCUAAGAGAGCUUAACAGAAAAUUACACCAUUCUGCUCAUUGCAAUCUAUUUUUUAUUAUUUUAAAACUUUUGGAUAUGCUGUUAAAUGAUAAGUCUGCAAUUAAAUACUUUAGACUACAUUUU